UGCCCGUCGCUCCGUGUUUUGGGUCAGUGUUUCGACAGACAUCUUGUGCGCGAUUCGGCCGCGUUUGCCGCGUUCUGCUGCGUUCGGCUGCGUCCGUCGGGCCGAUUUGUGAGUGCCGGUGGGCGGCCGAUCCGCCAAUGACUGUUUAGUGCGCCGCCAGCACCGCCACAAUGUCGUCCAACACGCCCAAAGUGUCGACAACAGAACGAGUCGUCAAAAGUGUUCCGUUCCCACCAAACUCGCGGCUGACGAUAGCAGAUGUCUUCGACUCGAGGACCAACAAGCCCCGGCCGGACGUGCUCAAACAGCACUUCAUCCUCGAGGGGCGGAUCGACGAGACGGCCGCGCUCCGCAUUAUCAACGACGGCGCCACCCUCCUCCGUCAGGAGAAGACUAUGAUCGACAUUGAAGCCCCAGUCACAGUGUGCGGUGAUAUUCACGGCCAAUUUUACGACCUUAUGAAGUUAUUUGAAGUCGGAGGUCCUCCCGCCAUGACCAAGUACCUUUUCCUUGGCGACUACGUGGAUAGAGGAUACUUUAGUAUAGAGUGCGUUCUCUACUUAUGGGCACUGAAAAUAUGUUAUCCCACGACGUUGUUUUUGUUACGAGGGAAUCACGAGUGUAGGCAUCUCACAGAAUACUUCACCUUUAAGCAAGAAUGUAAAAUCAAAUACUCUGAGCGAGUGUACGACGCGUGUAUGGACGCCUUCGACUGCCUGCCGCUUGCGGCCCUCAUGAACCAGCAGUUCCUCUGCGUGCACGGCGGCCUCUCGCCAGAGAUUCACAACUUAGAUGACGUUAGAAAGUUGGAUAGAUUCAAGGAGCCGCCUGCAUUUGGUCCCAUGUGUGAUCUUCUCUGGUCAGACCCCCUGGAAGACUUCGGCAAUGAGAAGAAUGCAGAGCACUUCAGUCAUAACAGUGUGCGAGGGUGUUCCUACUUCUACAGUUACGCUGCUUGCUGUGAUUUCCUCCAGAACAACAGUCUCCUGUCGAUCAUAAGAGCGCACGAGGCCCAGGACGCUGGGUACCGCAUGUACAGGAAGAGUCAAACAACAGGAUUCCCAUCCUUAAUCACGAUAUUCUCUGCACCCAAUUAUCUGGAUGUGUACAAUAACAAAGCUGCAGUUUUAAAGUACGAAAACAACGUGAUGAACAUCAGGCAGUUCAACUGCUCACCUCAUCCGUACUGGCUGCCCAACUUCAUGGAUGUGUUCACGUGGUCGCUGCCGUUCGUUGGCGAGAAAGUGACCGAGAUGCUGGUCAACGUGCUCAACAUCUGCUCGGACGACGAGCUCAUGUCCGACGGCGACGACGCCCUCGAAGAAGGGAAACUUUUUGUACCUAAGACUGGUGCAGCAGCCAACUUGCGUAAGGAGGUAAUUCGCAACAAAAUCCGCGCCAUUGGGAAGAUGGCUCGUGUCUUCUCCGUGCUGAGAGAGGAAAGCGAGAGUGUGCUGCAACUCAAGGGUCUCACUCCGACCGGUGCUCUGCCACUGGGUGCCCUCUCUGGAGGCAAGACUUCCCUCAAAAAUGCGCUUCAAGGAUUCUCACCAAACCACAAAAUCACCUCAUUUGAAGAGGCCAAGGGCCUGGAUGCCAUCAAUGAACGCAUGCCCCCACGCAAAGAUGCGCCCUCUCCGGUAACGUCGGACGAUUCGAAAUCGGCGACCGGAAGUGCCAGCAACGCCCACUCAUGAGCCAACUAAGCGCCAUUCAAAGGGGCUCUGCAGGCAGCGCGUCCUCCUCCUUCUCUCCUUCUAAUAGCCAAAGGUCAUUGUCACGAGUUCUACCAGCUGCUUAACGGAGGAUCAAGAAAGAAGCAAUGCUCUGUAUCUCUCUCUCUCUUUUCCCUUUCAAUCUCUCUCUCUAUCUCUAAAUCACCAAACUACCCCCAAUUAUAUACUCUCUAUCUACGCACCCACCACUUCUUUUCGAGGACAAUUCCCCUAGUUGAGCUACUCGUACUCCGCUGUGUAUGAAACGAGAAUAUUUCCACAUGCCUUUGUUUGCGCCUACGACUAAUUCGAAGGAAUAUUUAUUACUUAAUUGCGAGACAAGAAAAAAAAAUAAUGAAAUACUAUUGAAUAUUUCUAUUCUGUAUCGAGCGGCAGACUCGCUCUGUAAGUAUGUACUUACUCAAUUACGUUGUGUAUCUUAAGUGGAGAAUCGGACACAAAUGUUGGUUCUGCCAAGUGUGGAAAAAAGCGCCAAACUUGGCAGAACUCGCCUUUUACGUGUGAGUGAGCUUUAAGAGAGAAAUUUCUUAUUCUUUCGAAGAAGGAUCACGAUGAGUCUGUCUGAGCUUUUUCUUUAUUGAUUCUCUCGGAUGAUUUCACAUAAUCCUGUCGGUUUUUUUUUUUAUAGUUUUGUUGUUUCAAUUACGCAGAUGGACUCGAGAAAAGAAAGUGAUUAUUCUUAAAAUGUUAAAGUUAAGAGUUGGUUAUUAAGUUAAUGCUAUAUUUUACGGUUAUCAUUUGUUAUAGUAUUUUCCUCUCGUUUUUUUUUCUUCUUCCUUUGUUAAUUUAUUUUUACGUUUGUUGUCUUGUAAGUGUUUGAUCCAGACACAUUGCCAUCACAUUAAUUAAAUAAUAGACGAGUUCAAUAAGUAAAUUAAUGAAUAAAAUAUCGUCCCUCCUUCAAAGUAAAAUUACGAAAAAGAAAAUCAAUAUUGAAUGUUAUAUCAUCUUAAAUUAAUUAUUAUUACUCAGAUUGCUGCGAGAGGAUGUUUGCGUGUGAAUUCUUCUUGUCUGUGUACACAAACAAACAAACAAACACGGUUUUCAGUAUUUCUUCCCCAUUCUAGUGCGAAUAACAUAAUUAUUAAUUGUGUCAGUGCAAAUGCGAUUUUAUUCAGCAUAAGGCGGUUUAUAUGUGUUUCAAGUUCUGAUUACACCGCGCGCAGUGUGAAAGCAAAAUUCUUAACCCUGCACCCAGAUAAAAGUUUAAACAAAACAAAAAAUACGCAAAUGGAAUAACAGAGAACUUCUUUUACUAGCUUGUGUAUUUACAAAAUAAGAAAUAUAAUGAUGGUAAUUUUUCUAUUUAUGUAAAUGGUGUGUCCAUAAAAGUUAUAUAACUACGCAUUAUACAAAAAGGAGUAAAUAAUUAUAAAAUAAUCGAAAUAAGGUUUCUCGAGAAAGUCACUUUUUCCUUCAAAUGAUAACCACACGCCCGCAAAAAAAAAAAUUAAUAAAUCCAGAACAGUAGUAGUGGAUUCACACAAAGAUUUGAGAAUAAAAAGUGAACUCGGUUGAGACGAAGAGUGGAAAUUUUAGUAACUCUGGUUUCCGAUACUCGGUAGGCUUAAAAAGUCUUUUUGAUGGGGAGGAUUUUCACAAAUCAAAUUUCGCUGCUCGUCAGUCCCCCGGACGAGCGAACUGCUGCUUUGUUGGUGUUGAAAAGAAUUAAAUAUACGCUAAGUGAAGCAAAAAAAAUAUAUAUAUAAGAAGUAAAAAAUCUCUGCUUGUUUCAUGCUGCUGCCUGGGGAUGUUAUUUUCUACUGAAAACUAUCUGAGAUAAAAUUUAAUAAUAUUAUAUUUCACUCGCGCCGUUGGCCCCCGAGCAGUUCUGUGUUAAGGCGCCGCCGCUUUCUGAUAAUUACGGCCGAAGCUGUGAAAAAAUGAAAAUAGCAUUUGAAGCUUACGUGCGGCCUGGGAAAAAACCAAUCUGCUCUUCGGGGGCGGUGCUGAAGGGUUAAAUGUGUGCAUGUUCUUGCCAUUCUGUCUGCAUUCUCUAAUAUAUAAAUAUGAAGAAAAAAAAAUGAAACACAAUACAAUUAUAUUUCUUACACUUUCACUCGCGCGUGUAUGUUAAUAAAAAUAAUUAAUAUGUAAUAAUUAAUUAUCAUUUUGUACACUGCUCUGAUUUGUAUCUAGUUGUUAGUGAUUAAAAGACAAAACUUGUUUGAUGCCAUCUCCAAGUCUAUUUAUAAUCGUGUUCGCGCUGAUGAAAAAAAAAGAAUAAGAAAAUUAAAAGUAACAAAACAUCUCUAGCCUUUAUAUCAAAAGUCAUAAUUAUACAUAAUAAAUAUAAUGAAUGAAAAACCAGAUACAAUUAUGCAAGAAAAGAUUGUAUAAAUUAAUUAAUUCUGCCGAUUAUGUAUAUCUUUUUAGUGACUAAGGCAACCAUUGUUUGUUAGUUUGUUGUUUGUUUUACUGUUUUGUAAAUAGCGCCCCUCAAACCCCCUGUGUUCCUUUCCUCUUCGCCGGCCCCACUUUAUUUUAGAGACUUUAAUAAUAAUAAUAUGCAAAGAAAGAUGUGAGAGCUCUGUAAGCUUUGUUGAAAAUACAAAACUACCGCCAAUUACCCAAAGAAAUAUUGCAAAUCCAUUAUUAAAAAGAACUCCAUGCAUAUAAAUAUUAUGGUUGAAAAAUAAUUACUAUAAUUACACCCUUGGGAGUGUGCGAUUGAAAUAUGGAAAUUUCCACGCCAUGACAAAUUAAAACUGCUGUAAUAUUAAAAAUAAAAAUCUCUGCCAGUUUCGUGUCCUGCUAUAUAAGAUGAGAAAAGUUUCAUAUAAUAAUCAAGAUCCCCUCUUUGCCUCACAAUGCCUUAAUACACUUUGAACUUACUAUCUCUUAAAUGCACCAAGUUUGUUUUUUCUAUAAUGAAUCGGAACAUUUGAUGAAUAAGAAAGGCUCCGCAAAGCCGAAAUAUGUGUCAAAAAAAUAUUUACAUUUUAUAGUGCACAGAGACAUACUCGAUGUUGCUGGUUUGUUUGACAAAUAAACACACACAAGCUGUUAAAAGACAAGAAAAUAAGUGCGCACUUGAUUAUUAUCUCAUUGAUCAGUCAACUUUUUUCGUUUUUCUUUUCCUCCCCAACUAGCAAGUGAUUUUUGAAAGGGCAUCCAUCGUUCGCCCUUUUUGGAAAGUACAUUAUUAUAUAAUAAUGCGUCCUUGUCUUUUUACUCAAGAAUUAUAUCAAAAAUGGGAAAAUAACUUAAAGAUGAAAUUGAAUAAAACAAAAUGUCUACGCUGAGCUGUAUAAAGUUUAAACAAAAAGAUAAUAUUAAAAAAGCUUAUCCUUCCUUUUCUUCUCUCCUGCGGAAAAGCUAAAUUCUCCGGCACUUUUUGAUUUGUCACUUCAAACUUCUCAAUACAUAACCAGUGGUAAAAUAUAUAAAGUGCAUAUAUAAUUGUGUAAAAUGCAACACACUCGACACGCAUCAUUAUUAUUAUAAUUAUAUUAAGAUCCCCAUUUGUUGUGAAUGUUUCAUGAAAUUUGUUUAAAAGGAUAAGAUACAAUUCUAAAAAAUAAAUAAAAAAAAUACACAUUGAUUUCCAA